AUGGUUGCAACACGAUCAACGACUGCGGGUACUCGUCCAAAGGCUCAGCCGCUACUGGCUAAGCCUUCCAAGGCCGCAAAAGCUGUCAAAACCGCCAAAGUCGCCAAGAUGAAGGCUGAAAAGGAGGCCGAGAGGGCUGCAGCUAAGGCUGUAAAUGACGCGAAGAAAGCUGCAGUGAAGGCUGAGAAGGAUGCAAAGAAGGCUGCAGCGAAAAUCUCAAAGGUUGCCAAGACCAAGAAUGGCACAAAGCGUACAACUGCUGCGAAGACCAAGGCCAUCAAAGCCACCAAAACCGCCAAGAAGGCGAAGGCUACAAAGAGCAGUGUUAGCGCAGCUACCGUGAAGGCUUCAACAAAACAAUAUCACGAAGACGAGGACGAAGAAAGUGAAGAAGACAACUAUGAACCACAGGCCAAAAGACGCAAGGUUAAGACUCUGGUUCCUAAUGUGGAAAUCGGUCGGGCCACAUUCAAACGCCCAGCUUCAAAAAUUGGGGACUGGGCGUACAUGGAGAAACUUCAUGUCCCAGAAGGUGUGGAGGACGAAUAUCACGGACCUCUACCACCCAUCUAUAUUGGAGGCGCUGCACCACAGCCUCGUUGGGUGAUCAUUCAAAGCGAAAACAGCGCAAACAUAAAAGUCCCUUCCAAACGACAUGCCUCAAAAGCCAGUUCCGGGAGAACUGGUGGUACGAGGGACUUCGGAGAAUUGCAGUGGACCUUUGAAGAAGGUGACUUCAAGAACUGGACCGGGCUAGAAUACCCAGCUCUUUACGAACUUGCGUACCUGUGCCUCGAAUAUACUCUCACCCAUACAGAGCUCCGAGAGCAGAUCUAUGAUUCCCUAGCCCAGGGCCCUUUGCUCAAGGCUGUGGCCAUUGACCCAGCUCUGCCGCCAGUGCCCAUCACAAGGCACUUUGCGACAGGAACCUCCGAGCAAUCCAGUCGAAAGUCAAGUAAUGCGGCCUUUUACUUCCCUAAUUAUGAUCGUCCAAGCAUGGCAGUCCGACCGCGUGACGAUCGCAUGGCGCGACCGCAUCCGCAUGCCGUGGCGUCCAUCUACAAUCGACCAAGAUCGGAAGAAUGGCCGACUGCCUCGCGCUCUGCCAGUCCGGACCCGGAAAGCGAACGGGGCGGCAAACAGGGCAGCGAAGAAAGUCACACAGCCGAGCCCAGGAAGUCGCAAGAUCCAGAGGGUACUUAUUCGGAACCGGCAGCCCCUGCGCCUUUUCGAAAUGAUGAAAAGGUUUCAUGUGACCCUUCGGAAGGUAUGCGAGUGUCAACUACACUGUGGGGCACGUUACAAUCUCGGAAGACGGUUCAAUCUUUGGCGACGGCGAUGACGUUCAGACUGAGCCUCACUCAGCUCGAGACUCUCGAGAGCAAUCACCUGAUAGCCCCUUGUCUGGGUCCGGCUCUAACAGCGAGCGAUCAAUCGACGAAUAACCUAUCCCCAGUAUCCCACGAUGGGCUUUUCAGCCCUGAGCAGAUUGAACGGUAUUAUAGGAAGAAGCAAAAAAAUUUUGAGAGGCUAGGCGGAGUUGGACAUCGCGAAGCGUCAAAGCGAAAGCGCCGAGCACAGCUCUCACUGGAAGACGCACAGAAAGAGGCGAGAAAAAGAGAACUUGAAAUAAUAGGGGCUCCAAAAUCAAGUAAACGAAUACGGAUGGAGUCACCAUCAAUACCAUCACCAUCCGCAGUUCGAAGGAAAACAGCGGCUGAGAUCACGGUGGAUAAAGUCAUGUCAUUUGCUCGAGCAGAACAAGACAAACGGGACGAAAUGCGAGCAGCUGCAGCAGAUAAAAUAUCAGACAGGCCGCCGGUGGCACUGAAGAAAACCAUAGGAAACCAGGCGGGUGCAAGACCGCAGGUGGACGCACCUAGUCCUGAGAUUCCGCCUAAUCUGCAAGAUAGGUUCCUAGAACAGACAAGAAUAUACCUCAAUGACCCAAUACGGAGGGCGAGGCAUUUCCCUGACCCUAUUGCUAUUCGCCGAGCCAGAGUCUGGGCAGGGGAGGAAUUGGUGGGCCAUGAGAUCAAACCCAAAGUCGAUGCUACGCUACCCCCUUGGGCUGAAAGGAACCGGCCUUUCGGUCAAUGGCAGGAUCCAAUUGGGGAAAUUCCUACGCCUGCGGCGCGCACAAAGCUCUUGAGAUCAAAAAGACGGAGCAAAGGGCGAGGUAAAAGGAGGCCAAGACCAGCAUCUGCAGCAGAGCAGUCAGUCAGUUCAGCCCAGUGGUCUUCCUUUAGAUAA